UCAUCAACCAGCCAAGAUGAAGAUCUCAGUGGGUCGUCUACUGCUCGGUGCAUCUCUGGUGCUGCUGGUUUCUGCUCCGACUGGUUCUGCAGGUGAGUUCAGGACAGUCAGACAAUCUGAUGUAGAUCAGCCUGUCCCUCUGUCCCUCCUUCUGUCCCCAGUGUCUCUGAGGGUGAGUCCAGACUUGCAGCAAUUCUUCAGCGACCAGUCGGUGAAUCUCAGCUGUGAGGACCCGUUAGACUCUGACGGUUUGGUGGUGAAGAAGAUGACAGGAGGUCCAUCAGCAUCCUGUGGAGCUGACUUUGGGAGAUUGUCUCCUUUCUGUUUACUGAAUGAAUACAAGAACUUCUCUGGGUCCUACUGGUGUGAGACCAGCACCGGAGACGGAAGCGACCUGAUUAACAUCAUCGUCUCAGAUAAACAUCUGAUCCUGCAGAUCCCUGCACUUCCUGUAGAAACAGGAAGUGAUGUCACUCUGAACUGCACAGGGAAGAACCAACGCGCCGUCGCUGCGUACUUCUUCUUCAACGGGAAUCUGAUUGGUUCUGAUCUCAGAGAGAACCUUGUCCUCCAGAACCUCCAACCAUCUGAUGAAGGUUCCUACAGGUGCUCUACUGAUGAGUUUGGGUCAUCCCUUCAGAGCCUGCUGAGGGUCAGAGGUCGUCCUCCUCCGACUGCCUUCAGAACCACCAGAGGCUCGUCCAGCUGUGGUCCUCCAGUCCAGAUCAGCCCUCCUCCUCCUCCUCCUCCUCAUCCUGUCAGCUCUAUCAACUUCAUCCCUCUGGUGGCUGCUGGGGCCUUUCUGGCCCCUCUGGCUCUGCUGGUUCUGGUUCUGGGCCUGGGUCUGUGGCUGUGGAGGAAACAAUCAGGAAGGAACCAUUCUUCUUCUUCUGCUGCUCCUGAUGUGACCUACGCUAAGGUCACAUUCAGGAAAUCAGCCAAUCGGAUUCCGUCCCAGUGGACAAGUGUCCGUCCCCAUGAUGACGACAAGAGCUUUGGCUUUCCGCAGUAUUGUGACCCAAUCACAAGCUAGUGCUGGUUUUAGCAGCCAAUCAGGAUGAAGAAGGAAAGCAGUUUGGGUCAACGAUCUGAAACCAUUUCCUGAGUUUGGACUCAGACUGACGGGUUGUGUAAAAUGGGUCGGAGCGGUUCUGAUGAUAAAAUGUUUCCUGCUGAUUUGGUUAAAUUUCUCCUUUUUGUUCUUGUUUUGCUUCUUUAAUAUUUUAUUGUUUUAUUUCUUACAUUUGAUCAGUUUUUUUGUUCAUUUAUCUGAAACUUGUUGCAGAUCAAUAAUUGUAGCUUUCAGCCAUAAAUAAAAAUGUUUGAACUCUGGUUCUGGUUCUAAAGUUAA